UACAAUAUUUGAUAAUACUAUCACUAUAAAACAGUUGGGUUGUUUUAACGUAUAAAUGAAUAUUGGACAGAAUCAACCGUUUUACAUUUCUUACAGUCACUUUACUGGAAAAAAAUGUCCUUGUUCAGUACAAUUUUUGCCAAGCUUCUAGAAGCAGCAUGAUGUUUAGUUGAGGAUGUGAAUGGUGCUGAGAGCAGAGUGGUCCACGCGUGAGUCACAUUCGUGACGCAGCAGAGAGAGGAGGCGUAUUCGAGUUCAUACGGCGAUGUGCAGAUUAGGUAUAUCAUCAAAGUGCCGCGAGAGCGAUUCAAAAGCUUUACAUUCGAAGCAGAUCUCGCGGUACUGUGAUGUCAUGGGCCAAACGGUUUAUGCAGCGCAGCAUGAAUUCGAGCACAUCUAAAAGACAAGGCGCAGCAUCCCUCCAUCCUCCAUAGUAUUUCUCCCCAUCCGACGCUAACAACAACGACUGACAAAGAAAGGAAACGAAAUCGUUUUUGUGGCUUGUUAUCAGGCCGAAUAACAUACAACAGAAUGACUAAAGAGGAAACGUCAGAGGUGGAAGAGGCCCAGCCAGCCUCCGAGUUCAUCAGUCCCGUUCAUGAACCACGCAAGAAACCCAUUGUGCAUCAAUCCGCACAGGCUCCACUCCCCAAAGACUAUGCGUUUACCUUCUUUGAUCCAAAUGAUCCAGCCUGUAUGGAGAUUUUGACAGACCCUCGGACCACAAUCCCAGAGCUGUUUGCCAUUAUCCGCCAGUGGGUCCCACAAGUUCAGCACAAGAUUGACAUUAUAGGCAAUGAGAUUUUGAAGCGAGGUUGCCAUGUCAACGAUCGUGAUGGCCUGACAGACAUGACUCUUCUUCACUACUGCUGCAAAGCAGGUGCUCAUGGAGUGGGUGAUCCUGAGGCAGCUCUCCGCCUGUCCAAUCAGCUGAUAGCUCUGGGUGCUGACGUCAGUCUGCGCAGUCGUUGGACCAACAUGAACGCGCUCCAUUACGCAGCUUACUUUGAUGUGCCAGAAUUGAUUCGUGUUUUACUCAAAGCUGCCAAACCCAAAGUGCUCAACUCCACCUGCAGUGACUUUUAUCAUGGAACAGCGCUGCAUAUCGCCGCCUCCAACCUUUGCCUGGGUGCUGUCAAAUGUCUGCUGGAGCAUGGAGCCAACCCCAGUGUCAGAAAUGAUAAGGGUCAAGACCCUGCUGAGGUCGUUCCCGACCCCAUGGACAUGAGUCUGGAUAAAGCUGAGGCUGCCAUGGUGGCUAAAGAAAUGAAGCAGGUGUUGCUGGAUGCCGUGCCACUCAGUUGCAAUCUGCCUCGGGCCACCCUGCCCAACUAUGACAACAUCCCCGGCAACCUCAUGCUCUCAUCGAUUGGACUGAAGCUCGGGGAUCGCGUGCUGCUGGAUGACACAAAGGCUGGCACCCUCCGUUUCUGUGGCACCACCGAGUUUGCCAGCGGUCAGUGGGUCGGUGUAGAGCUGGAUGAGCCGGAAGGCAAGAAUGAUGGAUGUGUGGGUGGGAUCCGCUAUUUUAUUUGCCCCCAAAAACACGGUAUCUUUGCCCCAGUGUCAAAAAUCAGCAAAGCUCUUGAACAACCCCCCUCUUCUGUCACAUCCACCCCCAAAUCCCCUCGCAUGGAUUUGUUCCGUGUAACCGGCAAGAUUAAGAAAGAGAAAAAAGAGAAAGAUCGGGAGAAGGCACCAAGAAAGAAGUCUCUCACCGGAAUGAGUCUGGAUCCUGAUGGCGUAAAGGUGGAGGUUGGGGAUCAGGUGUUGGUGGCAGGCCAAAAGCAAGGGAUUGUUCGGUUUUUUGGAAAGACAGACUUCGCUCCUGGGUAUUGGUUUGGUGUGGAGUUGGAACAGCCCACUGGGAAACAUGAUGGCAGUGUAUUUGGAGUGCGUUAUUUCCACUGUUUGCCAAAAUAUGGGGUUUUUGCACCACCAUCCAGAGUUCAGAGAAUUGGAGGGCCCAAAGACCCGGGGGAUGGCACACUAGUAAAGAAAGUCCACCAAGUGACUAUGUCCCAGCCCAAGCGUAAUUUUAAUGCCAUGCGGUCUCCAAAAGACAUAACAUCUGAGAAUACCAUAUCCAGCAGGUUGCUGUUUUGUUGCUGGUUCCCCUGGAUGCUGCGGGCAGAGAUGCAGUCAUAAAUCCACUGGUUUCGUCUUUAAUUUUCAUCUCCCUCUUUUUCAGUUCCAAGAUAAUGUCUUCCCCUCUGUGUACUUUUAUUAUUCAUAUCAGCUUUUCUCUGUGAACGUCCCCGACUGCUGUCAGAGGGACAGCUGAAACAUCUCCACCUCCUCCCAUUCCUCCUAUGGCAAUUCAAUAGCAAAAAAAUAGUGCCUUGUGAAGUAACUAAUGUCCUGCAUUCCAAUAAUUAAAUUACAGAGAAAUAACAAACUUACUAAAACAAAACAAGGGAAAAUGAUCCCCGGUUAAAGCCAUUCAUAUCUCUGUAUCUGUUCGGGAUUUUUGCUAAACCACUCUGGGUAGAUUACUGGCAGUAUUCAUAAUAGAAAGAGUAGGCUUGUUUUCUGUGUUCAUUUAUAAAGGUGCUUUUAGUUUUGUUUUAAAAACAUGUCGCUGCUGUAUUACGCACCUCUGCUGGGUUACUUUGCAGUAUUUAAUAGCUUAACCAAACUUGGUUCCUGAGUUUAAAUGCCUUUUAUAUUUGUUCAUUUUUGUAGGUGACAUAUUUCUGUAUGCUCAUGAAAAACAACAUUAUUCGUUUCACAUUUCAUGACAAUGUGUCUAACUAUACAACACUGUAGUCUGAAAAUGUUAAUACUACCAAUAUGGAAAAGAACAGGGUUGUCCAUCUGAGCCCAAUGUUUUAAUUACAUUGAAGUUUGCAUUAUGUGUGUGGCAUUAUAAAUAUUUUAUAAAUCUAAAUAAUAAGUCAGUAACAAUCAUAUUUCUCUCACCAAAUAUAUAGAAAAUCAAGCGUGUGUGCUUCAUCUAGUAUACUUAAAAAUUAAGUAUCAUUUGCUUGUAGUAAAAAACUUCUUUCGACAAAAGUGUUUAUAUCAACACUAUAGUGUCUAUAGUCUACUGUAUAAAGCGCCUGCCCAACUCCUGUCCGGUUUAAGCUUUGAUCGGUUUUGUGAAUGCUCUUCUAUACAACUCUGAUCGUGAUAAGUAUGUGCUUACUGUACUGUAAUGAAAUGUGUAAGUAAUAACAACAUUUACUUUCAUGUCAACUUCCUAUAUGAAUAUGGAUAGACAUUACCACCUUUAAAAGCACAGCAUGAAUACAAGUGGCUGCUUUUAUAUGACCUGGGAUCAACUAAUAGUAGAGAAAAUCUCUUAACUGAUCCCAGGGAAGAUUAAGGAGAUAAAAAAACAACAGCUUUGCAUAUUCUCCUAAACAAGCUUAAACACUUGGUGAACUUCACUGAUCUUCAAAAAAGAGCAACUUGCAAAAUUGAAGAUGUACUGCUUAAACAGGUCUCAUCCGCUUUUGAUUUCUUCACUCGUCAUGUCAUGUGUCAUUGAAGAACUACUGGAUUUGUGUGAUAUAGGUUUAGUCAUUAGAAUAGUAUUGUUUUGAUGGAGUGCAAACAUCUGCUUACAACAAACCUUAAAUUGUGAAUUCUCAUUUUUUGAUAAAACCUGUUGUACUUCUUUCGUUAUUGUGACUUGAAGUCGUAUCAUACAGUAUAUGUCUCACUAUUAUAUCAAAUAUUUCAGAACUACGGUCACAUUCAGUGCAAAAUGUAUAAAUUAUCAUUUCAUUUGUAAGUAAAUCUGACUCCAAUUUUACAAGCUAUAUGUAUAUUGAGGUCUGUGUGUGGCAUAUAUGAGCUAACCUUAUUAUAAUUUUUUUAUCCUGUUGUGGAAUUGGUACAGCUCAUUUGUAAACAUUUUUUUUGUUCAAAAAUAUCUAUAUUUUAAUAGUUUUACAAGGCACUUCUUAACAUCUAGUGCAUUGUGUUUUCAUGUUAACUAUUCUUCAUGAAUUCAGUUCUGGAUUUUGAUGGACAGCAUAAUUGUACUGCAUGCUGUGUAUACAUUUGCAGAUUUCAUUUUCCUACAGUGUUUCAGCAUGAGUAAGCUUAUUAAUUCAAGUGAAACUAUCCUGAAGGUCGGAUAUAUGACUAAUAAACAUUUAGUGUUUUAUACUUA